AUGACCCGGUAUGCUUGCAGCCUUAUCCCCGUCGGGGCAAUCCACCUUCAUUACAUGAGUCAACAAGUCAAUUCGCCAGAUCCAACGCUCGAAGGGACAUUCGCUACCGUCGUGACAGAGCUCCACGUGGCACUCAGCGUUCUUGUACUGAUAGCGCCAUUAAUUAAACCAUUUGUCGCAGCCUACGUGGAUGAGAACGGACUGGCCUAUACCGACGACGCGUCAAAGUCACGGACCAAUCAUAAACCAACCCUUCACCCCGAUCGAUCGAGCGCGACAUAUCCGGGUUCGCGGAUGAGUGAUCCUUCGGCAAAGAAUCGCAUCAUAAAGAGCAUCUAA